AACAGGCUUCGGGACUCAAAACGCAUUUGGUUUUCAGUGCCCCUUUAAAACCGAGCAAUUUUUUUCGCUCACGGCUCAGUUCUUGGGGUCAGUUUGGAGUGGUGAUUCUCUAACCAGGAAGGUCUCCCAUUUUUGUGAUUAUAUAAUGACAUGGUUGAUACAGACUGAAGACUUGCAUUGAGAUAUUCCUAGUUUUUCGAUGAAUUUUUUGUGAUAAGGCCGGUUAAGUGUUUUUCGACAAUGGGAAAAUAUAAAUCGGUAUUCGUGAUUCUAGUCAUCUGCCAAACAAUAGGUGGAAAUAAACAUGAACCACCUCCAGGAGCUCCAGUUUUCCAGAGGAGCGCGGUAGAACAGAUUCCUAUUUUGGACAGGAAAGCAUCUUACGUGGUCGAAGAAUUGGGAACCCGAUCACUGCCGUUGAGAGCUGCUGUCGAAAACAUUCCAGACAUAACUAAGACUCUGAAGAGACUCCCACUUAGAGAUGCAGUGGAACAGCGUCCAACACCAGACCUUUCUGAAGAAGAGGAUAUUGAAGACAUUCCUGUCCUUAGAUCCGAUCUCAAUAAGAAAUUCCCAAUCAAAUAUGGUCUUGACGGAAACGUUCUUCGUGCUUUACCAGCCAACUAUAAAACAAACAGCUACUACAUCCCAAACAACCAGCUGCAAUAUAGCAAUAACUUGCCGAGUUUCAGCAGCAAUUAUCAGCAGCCUCAAUAUUUCGGAGUAUCUUACUAUUCCCCGAUUCAAAUAUUCAGAACACUGUUGAGUGAUUACAGAAAAGCUUCACCAUAUCGAAUCGAUAAUGGCUACCACCAGCUGUUGGUACAUCCUAACCAAUGGGUACAAGAAUCUUUUGAAGCCAGACCACAAAGCAGGAUUAAAAGUGGCAAAGUAUUAUCCCAUGACAACGAUGGACAAAGAAUAAUUUGUUACGUACAGGGGCAAGCUGUGUACAGGAGGGAACCACAGACCUUCCGUCCAGAAGACUUGAAUCCAUUUGCUUGUACCCAUGUAAUUUACGCUUUUGCUGCCAUGGAUCCACAUUCAUUCCAGAUAACGCCAAACGACGAAGAAUAUGAUCUUAUUCAAGGUGGAUACACAGCUGUUACAGGUUUGAAACGUUUGAACCCUAAACUAAAAGUUAUGAUAUCGGUCGGUGGAGGGGAACAGAGUGCACCUCACAGAUUUGCCAGCAUGGUUUCCAGUGCCACAAAAAGAAGAAAUUUCAUUCGAUCAGUAAUUCAGUUCAUGAAAGUCCACAACUUCGACGGUUUGGACAUACACUGGCAAUAUCCAGGAGAUGAAGAACUGGGCGGUCAUACUUCAGAUAAAGAAUACCUCGUUCUACUCCUCGAAGAAUUGAAUGAACUGUUCCGUCCCAGAGAAUGGUUGCUAUCUAUUGCUGUCCCUGCCUCCAGAUUUAGAAUUGAAGACGGUUUCAGACCUGACAGAUUGGCAAAUCUAGUGGAUUUUGUUAAUCUACAAGCGUACAACUUCCACCGAGAUAAGGAUCCUGGAGCUGAGCAUCAUGCUAAUUUGAACGUUAGACCCGAUGAUCAGGAUUUGGACACCUUCUUCAAUGUAGAUUACGCAGUGAAGUACUGGUUGAAAAAAGGUUUGCCAAGGUCGAAGCUAGUGGUUGGGAUCCCGUUCUUCGGUAGGUCUUUCACUCUGUUGAACUCGAAUGAAACAUUGAUGGGCUCGCCAAUAAAAGGACCAGGAAACGAGGGUUACUACACGCAGACCAAAGGAUUCCUGGCCUACUUCGAAGUGUGUGACUUGAUGAUGCACGAAGGGUGGGAGCUGCACUCUGAUUCUUCUGGAGCACCUUACAUCGUCAACGGGGAUCAGUGGGUAGCUUUCGAUAAUACGGACAGUAUCAAGAAAAAGAUAACGUACGUCAAAGAUUUAGAACUUGGAGGAAUUUUUGUAUGGUCUGCCGAUAUGGAUGACUUCAAAGGCCUUUGUGGAGAAAAAUGGCCACUUUUGGGAGCUGUCAAUCAGUUUUUGAAACGACACACCUUGGAAGAAAUCGACUAUUCGAUGCCAAGCCGACCUUUUGGCACUUGUGAAAAAUCUGGAAUUUAUUCAGAUCCAAACAAUUGUGCCGCCUACUACAUCUGCAGACAUGGCUUGAACUAUCAUUUGUCAUGUCCUUCCAAUACAAUCUUCGAUACCGAAUCGGGAAUAUGUGGAAACUAUCCCAGCACGAAAUGCCGUCCGGGAGAAUCCUUGUUCAUUUCAAGCACCAUCAGGAGGAACAAUUUUUUUCCAAACGCUUUAAUGAGGAGCAGUCAGAUCAACAAUAACAAACCUAAGGUGGUUUGCUAUCUCACCAACUGGGCAUUCUAUAGAAAAUCGUCAGGAAAAUUCGUACCCGAAAAUGUUGAUCAACAGCUUUGUACCUAUGUUGUUUAUGCUUUCGCCAGUUUGGACCCCGAGAGUUUAAUCAUGAAGGCUUUUGAUCCUUGGGCUGACUUCGAUAACAAUUUAUACCAGAGGGUUACAUCGCUGAAGGAUACCAUACCUCUUUUAUCGCUUGGGGGUUGGACAGAUUCCUCAGGAGGCAAAUACUCAAAAUUAGUCAGUAGCGCCUCAUCCAGGAGGAAAUUCGUGAUAGCUGCCCUAGAUUUUUUGAAGAAAUAUGGAUUCAAGGGUUUACAUUUCGAUUGGAAUUAUCCAGUUUGUUGGCAAAGUAAUUGCAAUAAAGGACCUGCUACGGAUAAACCGAAUUUCAGUAAACUUAUAAGUGAGUUGAGAACGGAGUUCGACAAAGUAGAUCCACCAUUGGUAUUAGCUGCAGCCAUUUCUGGUUAUAAGGAGGUGAUAGAUGUUGCCUACGAUCUACCUAAUCUUGGAAAAAAUUUGGAUUUCCUGUCGGUGAUGACUUAUGAUUACCAUGGCGCGUGGGAGGGACAAACUGGGCAUGUCAGUCCCUUAUUCCACAGACCAGGAGACAGAUAUUCUCAAUAUAAUAGUAACUUCACCAUGGAGUAUUUGGCAUCGAAAGGAGCUCCAAGAAGAAAACUGCUGAUGGGAAUUCCGUUCUACGGUCAAACAUUCACUCUAGCUCAAGCUGGCGAUUACGCACAAGGAGCUCAAUCAAUAGGUCCAGGAGAACCCGGCGAAUAUACGAAGCAACCAGGAAUGCUGGCCUACUACGAAAUAUGCAACAGGAUACGCAACAAAAGAUGGAUUAUUACCAAGGAGCCGACAGGAACAACAGGACCUUACGCUUACAAAAAGAAUCAAUGGGUGGGAUUCGAGAACCCACAAUCAGUCAGAGAAAAGGCCAAGUAUAUAAAACUUAGUGGAUUCGGCGGAGCAGUCGCCUGGACCAUAGAUUUAGAUGAUUUCUCAAACACAUGUUGCGAAGGAACAUUCCCUCUAUUGACAACGCUAAAUCGUGAACUGGGACUGAUAUCAGAUCGUCCCGUCCAAGAGGACUGCACUCAACCUACACCUCCGUCUACACCACCACCUCCAAUCACAACCACUGGGGUAGAUAGUGGAGCUGAAUAUACCACCAGCCACAACCACGAAGGACAUUACACGACGAGUAAAAAACCAGUUACCUGGUGGUCUACCACCAUGUCGCCAACCACGCAGAAGACUACCACCAGGUCGACAACCCAAUGGUGGCAAACAUCGCACAGCUCGCAGACGUGGUGGACAACGUCAUCGACUACAUCGAGGCCAACCACAACUAGAAGAACCACAACUUCAACUACUACUACUGAAGCUACGGCAUCAACAACCCUACCAACUCCGGUGAUAGUUAUGCCUGAUAUGGAACAUCCUGCCGAGCCCUGUCAAUCAGGACAGUACUUGUCGGAUCCAGCGAAUUGUAACGCCUAUUUCAGAUGUAUCCUUGGAGAAUUGAAGAGGCAAUAUUGCGCAGGUGGUUUGCAUUGGAACAGAGAACGCGGCAUUUGUGAUUGGCCAGCUUCGGCAAAAUGCAAAGAAGAAGGCUCACAAAGACCCAUUACCACCAAACGUCCAACUACCGAAAGAACCACCACAACAACAAUGUCUUGGUGGAACCCACCAUCAACAACCCAAAGUUGGUGGCAAACCUCUCAGAACUAUUGGGAAACAACAAAGGCUACACAAAACUGGUGGACAACAACUACAAGAAAACCAGUUUUCAGUACGGAAGCUUCGCUGCAAGAAAUAUCGGAAAUACCUUGCAUGAACGGGCAGUAUUAUCCGCAUGAGAGUUGCAACAGUUUCUACGUAUGUGACAACAAUCAAUUGGUUGUCCAGAGCUGCGCCCCUGGACUGAACUGGAACAUGGACUCGCAGAUGUGCGACUGGCCUUUCAAAGUCAAGUGCGCUAACAGAAAGAAAUACGCUCAACCUUUCACAAAUCUGGAGAAUUUGAUGAACAAAAUCAGCCCAGAUCCUUAUUCAACGUGCGCAGGAAAUUCAUUUGCACCACUCAAAGGAGAUUGUAAUAAGUACAUGCACUGUCUAUGGGGCAAAUAUGAAAUAUAUGAUUGCGCACCCGGAUUACAUUGGAAUAACGAUAAACAACUUUGCGAUUGGCCAGACAACGCCAACUGCCAAGCAGAUAACGAUAUCGACGAUAGUCAACCAGGAGAAAAACCGGUUAUUCCCGUAGACCCGAUCUAUAAGCCAACGAUGCCAACGGAAAAACCAACUUCCGGAUUUUACCCGGACUGGAAACCAACCCUUCCUGCCACUACAUCCACCCAAGCACCGGAAGUUCAAGAACUGCUGAAACCACAAUCUGGGUAUUUCAAGAUUGUAUGUUACUUCACCAACUGGGCUUGGUACAGACAAGGAGUCGGUAAAUACUUACCGGAAGACAUCAAUCCUGACCUGUGUACGCAUAUAGUCUAUGGUUUUGCCGUACUCGAUUACGAGAAUUUAAUUAUCAAAGCGCACGAUUCUUGGGCGGACUUUGACAACAAGUUCUAUGAGCGCGUGGUUGCUUACAAAGCUAAGGGUUUGAAAGUUUCAUUGGCCAUAGGUGGAUGGAACGACUCGCAAGGUGACAAAUAUUCGAGAUUGGUCAAUAAUCCGGCUGCUAGGGCCAGAUUCAUCAAGCAUGUGCUCGAAUUCCUGGAGAAGCAUAACUUUGAUGGCUUGGAUUUGGAUUGGGAAUAUCCGAAAUGCUGGCAGGUUGAUUGUAACAAAGGUCCAGACUCCGACAAGGCUGCAUUCGCAGAUUGGGUUCGAGAACUGAAACAAGCCUUCAGACCUAAAGGUCUUCUAUUAUCAGCUGCCGUUUCUCCAAGUAAGACUGUAAUUGAUGCUGGAUACGCUGUUGAGGCCAUAGGAAGAGACCUUGAUUGGGUGGCAGUAAUGACAUACGAUUAUCAUGGACAGUGGGACAAGAAGACUGGACACGUGGCGCCUCUGUAUUACCACCCAGAAGAUGACGUAGCUUACUUCAAUGCUAAUUACACGAUAAACUAUUGGAUAUCGGAAGGAGUCUCAAGGAGGAAGAUCGUGAUGGGAAUGCCCCUCUACGGACAAUCCUUCCAACUCGCAAAAGAAAGUGAAAACGGAUUGAACGCUAUGGCGCCAGGACCUGGACAGGCUGGCCAAUUCACCAGAGCCAACGGUUUCUUGGCGUAUUACGAGAUUUGCGACAACAUCAAAAACAAAGGAUGGACGGUGGUUCAAGACCCCAAGAGAAGAAUCGGACCGUACGCUUACAAGGGCAACCAGUGGGUCUCUUUCGAUGAUAAGGAGAUGAUUCGACUCAAAUCGGAGUUUAUAAGAGAUAUGGAUCUUGGCGGAGGAAUGAUAUGGGCAUUGGAUUUGGACGAUUUCAAGAAUCGGUGCGGCGAAGGAGUACACCCUCUUCUGACCACCAUAAGACAAGUUCUAGCAGAUCCGGGUUCCGGAACGCCAGUACCUGUACCAGUUAUUCCCAUCGAACCCGAAUUACCGGAAUUCCCACAAGAAGGACCAACAGACAGUCCAAACUCUCCUAGUGUUAUCACUCCGAUCGUAGAGCCCAUAACAUCGACCGUCACCAGUGUCACCACCACCGACGCAACAGUGGACAGAGAUUCGGAAUAUAAGGUGGUCUGCUACUUCACGAAUUGGGCUUGGUACAGGCAAGGAGUAGGAAAAUACCUACCGAGUGACAUAGAUCCGGAUUUAUGUACUCACAUCGUCUAUGGUUUCGCUGUUCUUAAUGGAGAUCAGCUCAUCAUCAAACCACACGACUCGUGGGCCGAUUUCGAUAACAAAUUUUACGAGAAGGUGACAGCUCUGAAAUCGAAAGGAAUCAAGGUCCUUAUAGCAAUAGGAGGUUGGAACGAUUCUGCAGGAGACAAAUACUCGAAGCUAGUAAACAAUCCUUCGGCCAGAAGGAGAUUCAUUUCUCACGUGGUCGAUUUCAUUGAGGAGAACAACUUUGACGGUCUCGACUUGGAUUGGGAAUACCCUAAAUGCUGGCAGGUGGACUGCAACAAAGGUCCCGCUUCUGACAAGCAAGGAUUCUCAGAUUUCGUGAGAGAACUCCACGCCGCUUUCCAGCCCAAAGGUUGGCUUCUCUCCGCAGCAGUAUCUCCCAACAAAAGAGUGAUCGACGAAGGAUACGACGUGCCAACUCUGUCCAGAUACUUGGACUGGAUAGCGGUGAUGUGCUACGAUUACCACGGCCAAUGGGAUAAAAUCACCGGCCACGUUGCACCCAUGUAUGAGCAUCCUGAAGAUUCCGAAGCUACGCUCAAUUCGAAUUUCACCAUUAACUACUGGAUCGAGAAGGGGGCAGAUAGAAAGAAGCUGGUGAUGGGAAUGCCGAUGUAUGGACAGUCGUUCUCUUUGGCCGAUAACAGCAAUAAUGGAUUGAACGCUCCUACUUAUGGAGGAGGAGAAGCAGGAGAAGAAACCAGAGCGAGAGGCUUUUUAUCUUACUAUGAGAUAUGCACCAAUGUAAUAAAUAAAGGAUGGACAGUAGUAAGAGAUAAGAAAGGCAGAAUAGGACCAUACGCGUAUUUGAGAGACCAAUGGGUUUCGUUCGACGAUAUAGGCAUGAUCAGGCAUAAAUCCCAGUACAUCAAAGCCAUGGGUCUUGGGGGCGGGAUGAUAUGGGCCUUGGAUUUGGACGAUUUCAAAAACUUAUGCGGCUGCGAAGAAUACCCUCUGCUCAGAACGAUCAACAGGGUGUUGAGAAACUAUUCGAAACCAGCACCGAAAUGCGUUCUUGGCAAGGGUCAACCGGAAAAUAAGAUGACGACGAUGAUGACCCCUUCGUCCAAAAAACCUACUUAUCCUACUUAUCAACCUACAGAGUCCCCUCAACCCUCAUACCCCAAAGAAAUGCCCUGUAAUGGAAACUUGUUUAUGGCCGAUGAUUCCAACUGCCAGAAUUACUACAUCUGCAAUCAGGGCAAGCUUCAACUUCAGGUGUGUCCUCAUGGUCUCUACUGGAACAAGGAUCAUUGCGAUUGGCCUGAAAACACCGCCUGUCAUCCAGAUGCCACGACAACUCAAUCAUCGGCAAUAGAAGCCUCCACAAUGCCUUCGAUAGAAUAUGCACCAUCGACUGUUGAGAUUCCAGAAGCUCCUUACGUACCAGGAACAGUAUCUCAAUACCCUGAUGAAGGUGGAAUGAAGGUUGUUUGUUACUUCACCAAUUGGGCUUGGUAUAGGCAAGGUGACGGCAAAUACCUUCCUGAUGACAUUGACCCAAGCCUAUGUACCCACAUCACUUACGGCUUCGCUGUCUUGGACUCUUCAACCCUUACAAUAAAACCACACGAUUCAUGGGCUGAUAUAGACAACAAUUUUUACACCAAAGUAGUGGCAUACAAGGCUAAAGGACUGAAAGUUUUGAUAGCUUUAGGUGGAUGGAACGAUUCUCUGGGUGAUAAAUAUUCUAGAUUGGUGAAUAACCCGGAAGCUAGAGCGAGAUUUGUAGAACAAGCGUUGAAGUUCAUAGAGAAAUGGGGUUUUGAUGGCUUGGACUUGGAUUGGGAAUAUCCGAAAUGCUGGCAGGUGGACUGUAACAAAGGUCCUUCAUCUGAUAAAGAAGGGUUCGCAUCUUUAGUGAGGGAGCUCAGUGCUCAAUUCAAGCCUAGAGGUCUUCUUUUAUCAUCGGCAGUGUCCCCUAGUAAAAUGGUGAUAGAUGCCGGAUAUGACGUUCCCACUUUGAGCAGAUACUUCGAUUGGAUAGCUGUGAUGACCUACGAUUUUCACGGAAACUGGGACAAGCAAACUGGACAUGUUGCGCCUCUUUAUUAUUAUCCAGGCGAUGUUUACGAUUACUUCAAUGCUAACUUCUCGAUGCACUAUUGGAUAGAGAAAGGAGCUCCACCAAGUAAACUUGUUAUGGGAAUGCCGAUGUAUGGCCAAAGUUUCUCUCUUGCCGAUGCAUCUAAUAAUGGAUUGAACGCUCAAUCAUACGGACCUGGAGAAGCUGGAGAAUUCACACGAGCUGGUGGAUUCAUGGCUUUCUAUGAGAUUUGUGAAAGGGUGAAACGAAGGAGUUGGAAUGUAGUGAGGGAUUCUCAAGGUCGUAUGGGUCCAUACGCAUACAGUGGUAACCAAUGGGUUUCAUACGAUGAUAUAGCAGAAAUUAAAAGAAAGUCUCAAUUGAUAAAGGACCUAGGAUUGGCAGGAGGAAUGAUUUGGGCUUUAGACUUGGACGACUUCAGAAAUAGAUGUGGUUGUGGAAAACAUCCCUUAUUGAAGACUUUAAACAGAGAACUACGAAAUAUUCCAUCAGAUAUUACAAUGCAAAACUGUACAUAAAAACUCAGAACUGUGUAUAAAAUAGAAAAAACAUAUUUUUCCUUCUUUUUCAUGUUAUGUACAAUUCAACAUAUCAAAGGAUGAGAAAUAUGGCAUUUAUAGUGUAAGUUUCAUUAUAUGUAAGAUUUUUGAAUAAUAAAUUCAAGUGAUAAUUA